UUUUGAUAAGAACUUUUGCAGUAUAUAAACGUGAUGUUUAGCUUCGAAAGCAUAGUCUUCAGCUUCUCGUUGAACACAAACAUCAAACAUGUCUAUCUUCGCUGUUCUGUUGCUCUGCAUCCAAGCUUGCUUGGUCCAGAAUGUAUUCGGCCAAUACAUCGGUAACAGCUGUGGAUGCGGUGGAGCUGGAGCCAUUGCCCCUGCUGCUUACUCGAGACUCGGCGCAACUCCUGGCUGCGGCAACACCCUCGGACUUGGAUCUUAUGGAGGAGCCAUUGGGUCUGGUUACGGUGGUGCCUUAGGAAACGGUGCUUACGCUGGUGCCUUAGGAAACGGUGCUUACGGUGGUGCCCUUGGACCUGCUUACGGAGGAAUAGGAUCUGGAGCAGCCUACGGUGGUACUGGUGAAGGAAAUGUAGCGGUCUACGGUGAGCUGCCAGUGGGUGGUAAUACCGCUCUUGCUGGAACUGUGCCCAUCAUGGGUGCUGUUAGAUUCGCUGGCCCUGUGGCUGCUGCUGGUGCCGUGUCUAUCACUGGACAGUGUGCUUGUGGAUGCGGUGCUCCAAUCGCUGCUUCUGUGUACUGCUGA